GAACAAAAUAAUCGCAACGCGAAGUGGACUGGAUGGCUUUCUGGGUAAAGUUUAACUAGUGAUUAAAGCGAUUUGCGCUUCAGCUAGAGCAAGCCUGUCACAUACAUCAAUUGCCCAUGGUAUUUCGUGCCGUUCAACGUGAAAACACUGUAAUAAUACAAUACGAGAGAGGGAAAUAGGUGGAUUUUUUGAGACCAUGGAGUCUUGGAAGAGUCACGUGCGCGUAGAGCUGUUUCACAGAGACUGCAGGCAGAAAGAUCCGUUCUCUGGCCUCUUCCACAAAGUGUCCAAGCUGGAGGAGAUGUUGGACUUUCAUGUUAAACUCUGGCAAGGCAUGGACACAAACAGUUCUGAAGAAAAUACUGGAUCUAGAUGUCCUGAUGAAGGUGGGACGCUCUAUUUGAGAGUGAAUGAGAUGGAACUUUUUAAUCAACAGCUCAAGCAGAAAAUUUCAGAUCUGACCAGCAAUAUUUACCUUAAGGAUGCAGAAUUACAAUACUGUCACUCACAAGUGUCCCGUUACAGGACAGAGGCAGUAAUGUUGGCCCAGGGGUCCUCAUGUCUGAAGGCUAAUCUAGAAGAACAUGAGUAUGAGCUGGAGUGUCAGUCGAAGGAGCUGAUGGCACUGAGAAUGGAGCAGAAGACACUGAAAGAGCAGCUUUCAGCCGCAAACCUGCAGAACGAGCAGCUCCUGGAACGCUGGCUGGAGGAGAAGAAAGAGGAGGCCAAGAGGAUCAAUAAACACAACGCAACACAAGAAAGGUGGCAGCGUUUGGCUGGUUGUCUAAAGAAGCGGUAUCGCGCCAGGUCUCGCCCACCGUGUGCAACAAACAGCUCCGAAAACAAACCUUCAGAAUCCAAAAUUCAGCGCCCUCCAUCUUAACACUUACUUAACGACGACAAAUGUGACAUUUUAUAGAGUUUUUGGUGUUUUUUGUUCACUCUGGGAGGUCAUUUCACAUUCAGCAUUCGAGAAAGCUGUUAAAAUGAGACGUGAGGCCAAAAGGGUGGAUUGCUGAAUGUAAAGGCGAGUGAUAAAGCUAGCGUUAAAUGGUUUACAGUUUACAAUAUUUAAUUUGCUAACAAUAGUUCAAACAUUUAUAAACUGUGUUUUUAGCAUUUAGGUCACAGCUAAUGCUAACAGAUAAACAUUUAGAAUAUAAGUGUAAGCAAGAAAUGUUGUGAAAUGUUUCUAUGAGUUAAUUUUAAAUAACAAAUGAAACUUGAAAUUGUUACUAACGUUACAAAUAUUUAAUAACAACCAGUUUGUAUUAGUUUUUUUUUAUUUAAAAAAAGUUAAAUAAAAAUCCAGUUUUAAAACAAAAAAA